AUGACAACUAUGAAUAGGGAAGGAGAGAAAGCACCAGAAGCUGCUGAAACAUUUUUCAUUGAUGGUGAUUCACUUGAAAAAUCAAGAAUAACUAUGGUAAACUUACAACUUGAAGGAAAGUUUUCUGAACAUGGUAAAAAUAGUAGAUCACUAAACUUAGUUGUCGGCAAAGAUUGAUAUAGAGAUAAAGUUGUUGUUGGUCCUCGAGGAAGAAAAACCCCUUUAUUCAAUUUAGAAGGGGUUAUAAAUCCACAACUUUCAAAAGAAACUUUUCAAAUUUUUGGUCCAUCAAGAGAGGAACUGAUUGCUGAGAAAGAGAAAGAAAUUAAAGGGAAACAGAUAUCAAUUCAAGAAAUCAAGAGAUUGGUGAUGAUGAGAACGAAAAUCGAGCAACAAGAGAACGAGCAUGAGAAAAGGUGGCUGAGGAAACAAAACAGUUUGAUUCACUUUAGAAUGAGAGAAGAGAACUUGAAGGCACUUCGCUAAGAGAGAGUGAGAAACAUCUUCAAGAGGUGUGGAUUCACAGUCUCAGCUGUUGUACUCGCAGUCAGAACAAAGUGGAGUGGUUGUGA